AUUAAUCAUGGCCGCCUUCUAAGGAGCUGUCUGCAAUCGGCAUAUGUUGAUAUUUUAGUAUUGGAACUCUUUCACGAGCACUUUGCAAUAUAGUUAGAGCGAGCGGUCAGGUCAUCGCGAUCUAACGCUGACAUAUGCAUCUAUUUCGCCAUGAACUCAUGUUUUAAAUACGUCCAUUUCGGCGCAGGUUGAACUGCUGGUGUACAACUUAAACGCGCCUCAAAUCACGCUGAAAGCCAACGCCGAGGUGGUUUGCUGCCGAAGACCGAAGAUGGACAUCGUAUUGAGACAGCAGAUAUGCCUCAAAGAGUGCUACGAUUCUUUGCUUCGAAUGCAAGAAGUCAAAGACGGCGUGGAGCUCAAACAGAACUUGCGAAAGCUGAAUGAGUGCAACUACAGUUUUCAAUUCAUUAGUAGUCGGGAUGCUGAUGUGAUAAUUGUACUUCUCAUCGACACACUGAAUGUUGUACAUGAUGAUGACCUGAUUUCACAUUUCGGUCAGCUCGUUUUUGACAUCUGCACGAAACAAAAGGUCACAUUGGAGACAAGGACUCUACACAAAGCAAUGGAAUACUUCCUCAAGGCAUUGUCUUUCUGUAGCUUUUGGGUAUUGACAAACUGCAUCAGUGCCUGUGGCGCACUCCUCUACUCAAAUGUGCCACGGCUGGAGCAGUUCUGGGAGCAACUGCUCGGCCGAGGGUGUGCAUUUGAAACCCUGCUUUGCUCAGUGGAGCUUGACAUCAAUACAAAGCUGGCAACACUUAAAGCUCUAAGAGCAAUGACAAUUAGGAACCCUGGAGAACCAUACAUGCCAGAUGCUUACGUCACUCGAAUGGUGGAAAUACUUAUAGGUGUGCUCAGUGGACCGUGCUUUAAUGACAGCACAGUGCAAGCACAGACUUUGGUGAUCAGUGCCCUGAGGUGCUUGCAGAAUAUUUUUUCUACAAAAUGGAAUUUUCCCAGUGAGCACCUAGGAAAUCUAUUGGGCAUUCUGAAAAGCCUCUCCUUUUUCGGUUUCCCGGGACAGAAGAACAGGCAGUAUCUCGUCCUUAAUCCAAGCCCAUUGUGCACACAUUUGCCGUCAGUUGCAACCAGUGAUGAAUCUCAGAGUCUGUCUAAGCCAGCAACACCAAGGCGAAGGAAUCGUAAGAAGAAGGUCAAGAAAGGGAAUGGAUGUCUGAAGGAGGAUACUCCAGAGCAGUCUGAAGAAGAGGGCAUGAAGACUCCUCUUCAGUUUUGGAAAAAGACGUCAAGUUCAGAGUCGGAGUUUUCUGAUUCCGAAGGAAGUCAGGUGGUGAGGCAACGACAUUUGCAAGCAAGUGUCCGUCGCAAUGUCUACUUCACUCUCGCUUACAUUACCAAGGUCGUUGACAGCCGAGAGAUGUUUGGCUACUGGCUUCACUUUCUUCCUGAUAUACCGGUUACUAUUGGUGCACCUCAGACUCAGACAGUUCUCUUGACCAUUCUCAAGGACCCGAACCCACAGGUUCGGGUAGCAGCUCUCGAUUUGUUGACUGGCUUUGUGACCAAGUACAAGCCAUUCCUAGGACUUGCAGCCUAUAGUGGCCCAAAGAGAACAGCAUUCACCACUUUGUCCGAAACUGUGGCUGCCAUCCUAGGAGAAGUGCAUCGGUGCCUUCAUCUAGCCAUUAUUGCAGAGAACAAUCCAGCUCAAAUUAUUCAGCUUCUCAAGUGCCUAGCAGCUGUAGUCACAGGAUCUCCAUAUCAUCGUUUGCAACAAGGACUUCUGAGUCGUGUCAUUAAUGACGUGGCUGCCUUUAUGGACAACAAAGGUGUCCAGGUGCAGGUGGCUGCCUUGACUGUACUGGGUGCAGUUGUGAAUGUGACUCCAUGGCCAAAGGAAGUUGCUGCAGCGUUGGAGCCGAGCAGCACUCCUGGGUUGAGAAGCAAUGGCACUGAAAGUACAGAGAGCAGCAGCAACUUUCCUGGCUCUUGCUGGCUUGCUGCGGCUUGUGCUGAAAAGCUGCUGGCUGACAUGACCGAGUCUGUUCGGAUAGCCACAACAGCUGUGCGUGUGGAAGCACUCCAGGUCCUGACCAACAUGUGCCAGGGAUACUUUGCACAGCUCAUGAAGUCAUCAGAUUGUGUGGUGUCAGCAGUAGAAGCAUGCCUUCGGGACACCAAUUCAACCAUCAAAAUGCACACUUUGAAGCUUCUUGGUGCAUUCAGUAAGAAAGUGGGUGAAGCUGUCAGUGUGAAGCAGGAUGAGGAUAAUGCUGAUGCACAGCGUUGCUUAGAUUUGGGACGCCAUCUUUGGUUGGACUGCCUGCUGAAUGGAACACUACAGUCAUUUCUUCAAGAUUUUUCUGAACCAAUGCUACAAACAGAGAGUUGCAAUUGCCUGUCCACAAUUGGGACGGUAAUGUGGGAUUCUUUGCCUGAUGACCGCAGAGUGCUGUGCAUCACGGUGCUACUUGGCCUUGCACGGUCACCUGACAGCAAUGGAAAUGUUGUGGAACGGACGGAAGAUGCCUUUGUGCGUAACGCUGCCAUCAGGUGCCUCAGCAUCUUCUGUAUGUACACAUCACUACGGGAGGAUCUUUUGUUCCUAAUGGACGUUGGUGAAAUUGCUGUAGAAGCACUUGAAGAUGCCAGUGUACGAAUGAAUGCAUCGUGGGCUCUCAGCAAUGUGACUGAAAUGCUCUCAGAAUUAAGGAAGAGCGGGUCAGAGGUUGCAUCUGAAGUGCCUGACAGUUUCAUCUGUCUUCUCGGGAAUGCAGCAAUCCAUGUCCGGCCAGACAAAAACCAAAUGCAGGCAAAUGCGGUCAGAGCGCUCGGUUGCCUACUACAGUUCGUCUCAGCAAAGAAUUUAGAAAACGAAAGCAUCAGAAAUCUUGCCAUCAGUUCAACAUCAUGUUUGAUCCAGAGCCUCAGCGCAGGUCUUAUGAAAGUGCGCUGGAAUGCUUGCUACUCUUUGGGCUGUCUGUUGGGAAGCACUGACGUCGUCGCCACAGGCCAUGUUGAUGUGGCUUCUAUCUUUGGUGCCCUACUAUCAAGCCUCAACACCUGUAGCAACUUCAAGGUGCGCAUACAAGCGGCAGCAGCCCUGUCAGUGCCUAAAGUACGUGACACCUAUGGCGGCCACAUGCAAACCGUGUGGUGCGGUACACUGACCGCUCUCGAAGGCACCAAGCAAUCAGUUGACUAUCGAGAACUGCAGCACCAAGAACAACUGAGGGAGCAGUUGUGUGCCACAAUAUGCCACCUCCUGUCCCUGGCAAAAUCCGAAGACUUAACCGAUAUGGCACGGGCUGCAUUGGAACACGAGUGCAAUAUAUCCAGUGCCUUUAAGAGAACACAAGGAAAGUCAUCACUUCUAGAGCUCUUAAGCAAAUCUCGUGAUAAUGUUGCAAGAAUGUACCAGGAGUUCUCGGACAACUCAACUGCCAAAGUUUUGAAGCUGCUGGACAGCCUGCUCAAGGAGAAGGAAUUUACUGAUCUUUUAUCACUGAAGGAGCUUGAGAUUCACUCAUGAGUAGGAUAUUCACUGACUGUUUGUUGUUAUCUUGUACUAGCGUUGUUUCCCGGUUAGAGACUACCUUAAUUGAAUUUUGUGGAUCUUUUAUGUACUAUUUUACUUCAAGGAACCAAAAGCAGAUUCAUUGAGUUGGCCAUAUUGGUCAGUAUUCUUGAGAGCAGCAAGCUAAGUUGGUUGUUGUGUAGAAUCGUGCACCACAGUUGUACUUCAGAGGAGGUGAGGCUCCUUUUGGGCCAAUUUUCUCGAGAUCGUCCAAGUGCUCUUUUGCACAUUUUGCAGUGCAUGAAUAAACAAUUUGCAUUUG